AUUUUCUUCCGGCUGAUUCUUAGAUUGUUGCGGAGUAGCUCGCAGCAUUGCGCAAUGUUUCGUGCCCUCACUUUACUGAAAGAUAGGGCUGUUGGAGGUGGUGCAGCAUUUACGGCAAAGAGAUGGAUGCAUGUAGCCCUGGUUGGUGCAGGUGGGAUACACUUUGGUUCUCCUGAAGGGCCCUGGAAUCAUGCUGCCAGGCUGCAAGAGAUUCCUGGGGUCUCCUUUUCAGCAGUGGUGGACCCGAAUGUGGAACUUGCACAAGCGCGUAUCGACAAAUGCCGACAAGGUCCACGGGGGGAGCUUUGGAAGAACACGCAGGCCCUUGCCAGCCACAGAGAUCUUCUGACGGGCCCAUCCGUGCGGCCUGACGCUGUCUUCAUCGGGGUGCCCCCAGUCUUUCAUGGCUCCCUCCACGACCCCUCCGCCCGCAUCGAGCUCGACCUCGCGCGUGCGGGCGUCCACUUCUUUGUGGACAAGCCGCUGAGCGUCCGGCCGUCCGAAGAAGUGCGCCAGCUGGCGCGGGAGCUCGAGGCUCUGCGGCGGGAGAAGGGCCUCGUCAUGAGCGUCGGCUACAUGCUACGCUACUCGCCCGCGGUGACCGCCGCCAAGAAGAUCCUGGCUGAAGUCGGCCGCCCCCCCGCCGCCAUCGUCGCCCGGUACGCGUGCGCUUACUCCGAGAUCCGGAAGCGGGAGUGGUGGGACGUCACCCAAAGCGGGGGCCCCGUAGUCGAGCAGGGCACGCAUUUUCUGGACCUCAUGCGCUUUUUCGGGGGGGAGGUGCGGCACGAAACGCUGGGGGGGGUUGCGGUGGGGCCCGAGUACCCGCUGUCGGACAUGCCGGCCGCCCCCGGUGGGGAGCAUCAGGUGCCCCGGGAGCGUCGGAUCAACCGGGCCACCGCCGCCACCUUUUUGUUCGAGAGCGGGGCCGUCGGUUCAUUCACUCACACCAUUGUUCUCAACGGGGCCGCGUUUUUCACCGAGAUCGACAUCUUUGCUGACGGCUUGCACGUCAUCAUCUGUGACCCGUACGCGGACGCGCGGGUCAGGGUGCGCCAUCCGGGCCGGGAGGAUUACCAAGAGGUCGCCGUGGAUCGGACGGUUGACAUGUAUUACGAAGAGCUCGCGGCGUUCGUCAGAGCAGUUCAGACCGGGGAAACGUCGGGGGUAAGGAGCCCUUACAGCGAUGCAGCUAAAACCUAUGAGUUGAGUCAGUGCGUUGCUUCUCGGUGCGAGUCCGGCGAUUUGCAAGCCGACGGCAGCUUGCCUGCUGCAAUGAAAACAACGGAACCUUAGUGAAGCAGGCCUGUCCAACUCCAUCAUAAAUUGCGCUUUAACCACGUGCAACAAUGUGGCACAAUUAUGCAAUGAUUCGCCCUGCAUGAGGGAUCCCUCUU